AGAGAAUGUAUGUGAAUGUGGCUGUAGAGAAUGUAUGUGAAUGGGCGGUAGAGAAUGUAYGUGAAUGGGCGGUASAGAAUGUAUAUGAUUGGGCGGUAGAGAAUGUAUGUUUAUGUGGCUGUAAGAUCUUGUAUAUAACUAUCCUUCAACUAAUACUUUUGACGGGUUUAACAGAAAGUACUGAUAGAAACGGCAUCUUUCAUGGAAAAGAUCAAGAGCAACAAAAACGAAAAAGGRAAAGUCAUGAUGGCCGCCAAUGAAAUGGAACAUUUUGGAAUGGACUUUGUGAAAUAUCACUUCCAAAACUCCAGUAGUUAUAACAUGACGARUGCGAMCAAUGAUUUUGCUUUUGAGAUACGCAAAGUAUCGUCCAGUAACGAGGAAAUCGAGUUUCCUGCCAAGARUUACCAAAAUAAAGUCAAAGAUGACCAGGCUACCAUUAAACUUCCUGGCUCUCUAUUCAAAAAUGGGAAAUACGUAGUCAAUGCACUUCUACGCAGUGUCUCUAGUAACAUCAUUGCGAAUUCAGAGGAUAGCAACACUAGUAGUGUGAUCAACAGUGUUAUAAUAUCGAGUACACUAGACCCCAAACCUGAAGGUGUCUUGGAGGAGAACGUGACGAUAACAUUGAAGCAUUUAAAGAAACCCUCAAAGUUCAAGCCAAGUUGUGCAUAUUGGAAACACAAUAUAAACACUGGCUUGGAUGGUGUUUGGUCUCGUAAUGGAUGUAUCAUUAUCACAAGAAGUGAAGAUGAGACGCUUUGUUCCUGUAACCAUUUGACGAGCUUUGCCUUAUUGAUGCAAGUGGAUGACACCGCUCCGACGGCCCAUGAUCACUUAGCAGCGUUGAGUUACAUCACGUAUAUUGGAUGUGGUUYAUCGCUUCUUGGGGAGGUCCUUACUGUCGUGGCCUAUGUUGUUCUCAUGAACAUGAAACAAGAACAAUGCCAAAUACGAGUAAACUUGGCGAUAUCUCUCGCCGUGGCGCAGAUCUUUUUCUUGUCAGGGAUAACAGCCACGUCUAACUCGGGAAUCUGUACAUUUGUAGCCGUCAUGCUGCACUAUUUCUAUCUGGUAGCGUUUGGUUGGAUGAUGUUAGAGGGCGUUUACCUGUACUUAAUGGUCGUUAAAGUGUUUAAUACUGUCAUCAAGAUGAAGUUGUAUUAUCUCUUUGCUUGGGGUUUUCCCUUACUUGUUGUGGGGAUAUCAUUAAUUGUUGCAUCGACUUUCAAGGAKGGUAUUGAUAGCUACACCCAUCAAGAUUUUUGUUGGGUGUCAUUCACAAAUGGGUUAAUUUGGACCUUCGUUGUCCCAGUUAUUCUGAUAUCAGUGGUGAACGUCAUCAUUCUGGUUUGUGUGGUUCGUGAAAUGACGAGACUCAAUCGAACAAAAACGACAGAUCUGGACACCUUCAGACGAGGAGUAAAAGCAUGUGUUGUUCUGUUCCCACUACUCGGUCUGACAUGGUUGUUUGGCCUUCUGUCCGUCACCAAUGCAGGGAUUGUUUUCCAGUAUAUUUUUACCAUAUUAAACUCAUUCCAGGGUCUUCUGAUAUUUCUUCUUCACUGCGUGCGAAGUGGUGAGAUUCGAAACUCAUUCGACAGAAAAUUACAACGCUGGAAAUUGACCCAACCAUCAAACUUUGGCUCAUCAAAGAGUUCACAAGCAGAGAAUACCAUGUCAUCUUUAGACAGAAACACACUGAAAUUUGCCAGUUCUGAGAGUUUACAAGAUUCUUUUUCAAGGAAUAAUCGAGUUAAUCCCGUGGUGCUAGAAGAGCUCGAUGACAUCUCGGUGCAAACUUGUGUCACACCCAUUGACGGCGCUCAGAUAAAACAGAAYUGUAUUUAAUUAUGUAUAUAGAUCGAGGGAAUACACUCUGUACAUUUGUGUUUCCCUGACCAAGAAAAGAGGAGGAAUGAAGMCUACUGAAACCAGUCCUACUCAGUCAUUCAGCUAACAAAGGAAAUCCAUCAAAAGAAAGAACAUUGAGAUAUCUCAYCUGCUGGGCAGGCUACAAAGGGGGCGUAUCGCCAAUCCAAAUAGGAGAAUAGGUCGAAAGGCGUGAAAAUUCGUUUGAAUAGGAUGAAAUCGCUAAUGAUUGACUAUAAACUAUAACUAUCAGGAUGCUUUGUCUUCUUUAGUGAGCAAAGCAGCUUAGAGCCAAGUACUCCUCAAAUAUAAGACCAAUCUGAAUCUGAAUAAGACACGAUAAAAUACGACGUCGCACUCCUAAGCCGGUUGUGAGAAGGAUGAAAAGCCUUAUCUAGMGAAUAAAAUUUGCACAAAAUCUAUGGAGUGUAUAUCAACCCUUAGUAGAAGUGGCCCCUGGUAACUCUAGUCGAGUGUCCUAUAUAUGUACUAAAACGUUUUAAGACAUCUAAGACUACAAUUKUAGCUAGCCUGGAGAUUUACUGAUGUAGCUUUGAAUAUAUUAUAAGUUGCUAAACGGAAUUGUUUACCAUUCAAGGGUAAUGCACAUUUUAGUGCGCUUUUAUAAGAGUUUGUUUAUAUUUUCAAAGUUUCAUGCGCAUUGUGGGGUACGUAUAUUCAUAAAGAGGCUUUUGGCCACUAAUUAUUACAACACUUGAGCGAUAAAGAUAUUUUCACACUAACACGCCAAGGCUGACUCAAGAUGGAAUUAAGCGGGACAGCCUUAUCCAAAGACCAGAAAGACAAGUUACGUUGUACGCCAUACAAAAUCCCUACUUUACAUGUAUUACGCACAGGAAAAAUAGCUAAAGCCAAUGAGCAAUCGAUAAAUAAACAAAUGAGACUUAUGAAUAAUCCCAAUCGUCCAAAAAACGCAUUUUUCCUUUGUUGUUCUAUGUUCUUUUAGUACUACAAUAAUGGCAAAACGAGUUUGUGGCGAUGUGGACGAUCAUUUGGCAUUAAAAGAGGUAUCAAAAAACCUUGUACAAGAGAGACGGUUUCCGUCUAAGCAUAUUUAUUUCUUAUUUAGUUUGUGGUAUAUAUUAUGGCAUUGGGAUGUGAUAAAGACGAAUAAAAUGCACUUAUUUCUAGGAAAAA